AUGAUGCCACUAAUGCAAUCAAUACGUCGAAGCAAAUCGCCGAAAAGAGACGUUGGACAAGAUUCCUCAGCAAUAAUGCUGAGCCCUGUUGAAAGUGAAUCCAGUUCCAGCUUUGCCAACACUGGCAACGAUGAUUACGAACUCGAAGCCGCUCCUCCACAGAGUCAAAGCUCCCAAAUUAAGAAGCUGAAGAAAGUUUUCUUGCGGAACCCGGUGCAUGCAGAUUCCAAUGAUAGCUUGUCGCGUUCCAACAGAAGCCUUUCCACUAGUCUUAGAGGUGAAGAAGUCUUUCGCAUUGCUAUCAACGAGGAUUCCAUUCAUGAAGAUAGCAGCAUACCAUGUAGUCCCAGGUGGCAGAGAACAGUCGGUGCUGUAGAAAAGCCGCCAAGUAUCAAAAAGCUUGAUACUCUCUUGGCUAUGGGUGAAAGCUAUUCAGAAUCAGAGGAUGAGGGGCAUUCAUCGAGACGAUCCACAAUUCGUACUUCUGUUGAUGAUGAUAUGAAUAUGGAUGAUUCAACACAUCCAAUUCCAGCUCUAGCACCACCAAGCCUAUCCGAUCUGACUACUGUUUCGUCCAAGGUAGGCAACAAAUCGACCAAGAGUAUUGACACUGCCACAACAAUGCAAAUGUCAGAACUGUCUUUCCGAAAUGGGAAGCCAAAGAGUUCACUUACGAGCUAUGGUGGGGAUAGUUACUCCGCGGCAAACUCAGCCAAAGCUUUCUGGAAGAAUGCCUCGAGUCGAGCAAAUCUUGACCAACCGAACAACGAGUCCUUUACUAGCCGAACGUCCACCAUCCGUUCUGCUGUCGAGCAAUCCUUGGAAGAGUCGACCCAUGCUUUGCCUCCGCUGCAGAAAAACAGACCCCAAGGCCAGCAGCCAAGCAUAGCUGAAUUAAGCAAUGAUACGAGUACAAGUUCAAGACAACGACGAUCCGAUAUCGACUUGUCGUUGGAUGGUGAGUCGACGCACGCGCUUCUGGCAACAGAGCCACCUACUCUUUUACCGUCGGCGGAAGAAUCAUCAGCUACAACUUCGGUCAUGGGAAGAAAGUCUAGGUCUCCUGGACCAGCAUCGAAUAACUCAGGAACAUGCAAAUCACGCCAAUCGCCAGCUAGGGCCCGCUCUGGAAACCGAGUGCGUUCCUCAAAGUCACCACAUAAAAAUUCAUCGGAUCCUGCUAUCCUGCAGCAAAUCAUCCAACCUAAUUUUGAUCCUUGCAGUCCAUCCUUGCGUGGGGAACGAAAGGUCUUGGAAGGAAGCAAUGAACGAGGGGAACGAUUCACGGUUCGACGCACAGUGUCCUCUCCCGUCCAUCCAGGAUCACGAAAACAACUUCUCCCGAAACCCGAGGAAAGGGGUCAACGAAUGCGACGCUCCAUUACAGCGGGUACGCUCGAAAGAGAUUUGUCGCAAUCGCCUUCGCGUCCACGGGGAAGCAGGUCUGUGCUGGCGAAAUCCAUGAAGGAGGAAGUCAGCGAACGGAGGGGUGUUGGUCAGCUGAGGGGAUCGCUUCUGGAUCGUAGUCGUUCCGACAACGCCAAUAUGAAUUCUGACAUAAGCGAACGCGGAAUCCAAAGCAUAGAUACCAGAGAUUUCCCUGGCGUUCAGGUGACGGAGUUGACCCAGAGAAAUGCGGUUAGGAGUAGCAGUCCAGGGCUCAGGUUCCGAAAUGUAUCUCGCCAGACCACCAGGACAGAGCCUAUUGACAAAAGAAAAAGCCACUCCACUAGAGCCGAGCGUUCGAUUCCCAUCGAUAUGGACUCUGAUGCUGAUGAAGAAACGCCUCUCAGGGGCGAAAGCAAAACAUUCCAUAGUAGGCAAUGUUUGUCGUUCGAGACAGAGUCAGGGGACGAAAGUCUGCAUAUGAACGACUACUCACUGAGCCCAAGAGGCAAAGUCGGUCCAAUCAAAGGAUUGCUUUUGAAGCGCAGUGGUUCCGACGGGGGGAUCAGACCCUCCAUGAGUGAACGCGGGGACCGAACCGCAGCCAGAAGAAAUAGCACUGGUCUUCGGUUGGAUCUGGCAGGGAUGAGAUCCAAUUCGAGGAGCAAGAGUCCAGGAUUUAGGCUUUUCGGAAAUUCAGCUCGUCAGACUAGAACAGUACCGAUCGAUGAGGACAAAGACAUAGAUCCAGGUGAAAAGAGUCCGAGCAGGCUUGGAACGAAGGUCAAGGACAAGAUCAAAAGUCUGAAAGAGAAGAGCAUAUCCCUGCGUGGCAAACGCUCGAUCGAGGUAGAAGUAGAUGACGAAAAACCCAAGCUGCAAAGUUUAUCUUCGAGCCGUGAAACGCGUUCGGUCGAUCUGGAAUUGGAUGGAGAAAUGCCGACGUUGAAAAACAAGUCCUCGCGGCGUGAAAGACGUUCGAUCGAUUUGGAAUUGGAUGGAGAAAAGCCCAACUUGAAAAGCAAAUCCUCGCGGCGUGAAAAACGUUCGAUUGACUUUACAUUAGAUGAAGACAAGCCUAAGUUGAAAAACAAGUCCUCGCGCCGUGAAAGGCGGUCGAUCGAUUUGGAAUUAAAUGAAGACAAGCCGAAGUUGAACAAAUCCUCGCGUCGCGAAAGGCGGUCGAUCGAUGUGGAAGUAGAGGAAGAAAAAGGCAAGAAAAGCAAAUCGUCACGUCGUGAAAGGCGUUCGAUCGAUGUGGCAUUAGAUGAAGAAAGUGACAAGAAAAGCAAAUCCUCGCGUCGUGAAAGGCGCUCGAUCGAUUUGGACUUGGAUGAAGCAAGUAGCAAGAAAAGCAAAUCCUCGCGUCGUGAAAGACGCACACUUUCAAUUGAUUUAGACUUUGGUUCAGACAAGCGGAAAGAGAAAAGUAAGAAGUCUAAAAGGCGAACUUAUUCCGUGGAUUCGGGGGAUAGCUUGAACUUCGAAAGCAGUCAACCCAAAGGGCAGAGAAGUCUUCUGACGGAAACCCUUGAGGAUAUUGCAGAGACUCCCGCACGAGUAUCACGGUCUCGUAGUCGGAAGAAAGUUAGCCCAAAAAAUAAAUCCAAGUCUCCAAAAGGAAAGGCGUCUUCAAAAAUCGAAGGUGACGGGAAUGAGACGAGCUCGACAUUCGCUGACGCAGGCGACAUUUCUGUUGACGGACCAAGCGCAACAAAAUCACGCCCGGGGAGUCCUUCCAGCUUGUUCAGGAAGUUAAAAGGGAUACGAAGCGAACGCUAUCCCAAAAAUGUCGCUGGUAGAUCCUACAGCCCAAAGAAAGUCCCCUCGCCUUCCAAGAACAGAAAGUUGACGCGGCUGUCCAUCUCGUAG